CGCUCAGCAAGCCCACAACGCCAAGUUUCCGUGGCAACAGUUACCUGAUCUUGCCGCCACCUCGCAUACCCAUGAAAGACAAGCGACGCGGCGGCCCCGGCUCGGGCCCCUCGCUCUAUGUGCGCCCCCCACGCGAAGCCAUACAAAUCUCUCUAAACUUCUCCACCAUUGAGCCGGACGGUCUGCUGCUCUGGAGCGAGCACAAUCGCUUGAAAUUCCUGGGCCUAGGCCUGGAGAAUGGACACCUGAAGCUCGCCAGCAAUCUGCUGGGCAGCAACAAUGAUACAGUGCAGGCGCCGGCCAGUGGCUUUGUUGCCGAUGGCGCCUGGCAUGGCACAAGCGUGCUCCUAGAUCGUUCACGCCUGGAGUUGCAAUUGGAUGGCGAGGUAAUCUUCACCGAACGCUUGCCGGAGCUGGGCCGCCGCCUGGGCACAACAACAGCGCCAACAACAGGCUUACAGCGGCGCCCCGGCAAGGAGCCCACCAUAAGCUACGAGGAUGUCUUUUACUUGGGUGGUUUUCCCAAUCAGGAUGCGGUCAGCAAAAGGACACAGGGGCGCUUCUUUGAGCCAUUCAAGGGCUGUUUGCAGGAUAUACAAUUUGGUGCAGAGCCAAAGGCCGUUAUCAGCGAUUUCUCUGCAUACCAGGGCGAGAAUAUUGGCUCUUGUGAUCUGCACGGCGACGAGCCAAUUGUUGUAUAAACAAAGGACAAACAAAUCAAAACAAAAAAUUUAAAAUAUAUGAAAAAGCAAACAAUUUUAAAUGUGUAACCUAUUUUAGCAUUAUUCUUAUAAUUACAUGUGAAUUGCAAUUGCAUAAUUGUGGACGAAACUUGAAAUAAAACUGAGCAAAACAAAAGUUGAAAACCAAAAAAAUUAGUAACUAAGCUAAAUGUUAAGCGAGUUUAUAUUUGCAAUUUGCAAAAUUCCCACACAAGUCAAGGGGUUAAAAACGAAAUGAAACGUAAAUUUUGUAAAUUUUAUAGAAAUAACGGAUGAAAAAAUGCAGAAAAACGUUUAGAUUAAAAAUUUAACGAACUAAACACUUGAACAAAAUUUUAGUUUA